CGUGAAUUGGAAAUCCUCCAUAUGAAAUAUUUUAGAUCUAACAUCUUGAAUAACCUGAGACUCCAUCUGUGGCACACUUGGAAUUCUGGUGCAGGGAACUUUAGAAGCCCAAGCUUUCUGCCAGUUUAAAGAAAAGCAUUAAAAAAGAAGCAAUUCCUCAGCAACAAGAUACCAAGACAGGAGGCACAACACAACACAGAAUCCCGGAGUUCCCUUGACCAGUUUAUGGCUAAGCUGUGUAGACAUCAUCAGAAACAGUUUAUGAAUGUAUUAAGCUACAUGCACAGUGAAGCAAGUCCAGAGGAGCAGCCCCGGGAAUUGACAGCACGUGAAGACAUGGCCACAUCCAGCCCAGCCCCCGUCCUUCUACAGCCUAAAAACCCCGAGGACCGAACCCCGAGCACCUUAAAAUCGUGUCCUUCCUCAAAUCAAGAGACUCAGACGUCAAACAAAUCGAACAGUGAAAGCAUCAAGGAGGAAAACCAGCCAGCUCAUGAGGAGCUACUCCUGCUGGGAAUUGAAGCAAACAGAGUUCCUUCUGUUGAAAAGCUGACACCCAGAGGCUGCUGUAGCAGUGGGAAUUAUAUAAAAAACUGCACUGAAGACGCAGGGUUCUCCUCAAUACGUAUAUGUACUACUGACUUUAAUAAAACUGGGAGUAUGGAGGGUCUACACAAAGAAACUGUGAAUCAAAAGGGGAUCAAUAUCACACAACUAGAUCAGUCCUCUAGCGAAUGUGCACACAUCAGUACUGUUGCCCGAAUAGAAGAAAUAUGUUCUAACAGUCAUGAGAACAAAACAGAGGGUGCGGUAGCUGCCAGAGCUCAGGUUGAAACUCCUCAAGUUCUUCCUGACGAGCUUUUGAACUUGACUAAGAAUUUGACCAAAAAUCAGAGUAGUUCACGGGGCAGUUCCAGAGCUGCCUCUGAUCACAAAGCAAUUAAACACACGUCAGUUCAAGGUGGAUCUCGAGAACAUACCAGUGCUGCCAAAAGAAUGAUUAAAAGUAACCAUGUGCUCACAACGGAGUCGAGCACCAAAGAUUGUUGGUUUCCCUCAAAGUCGCGUGCUGCCAGUGGCCGCUUGAGAUUGAAACCACAGGCUCCUCCCACAAAGACAGCCAGAAAGAGCACCAGGGUGUCUGUACUGCGGGCUCGUUCUUCCAUGCCCAUGUGCCAAUACGUGAAUGAGCACGACAACCAGUGUGAUAUUGUUUACAUCAGCAAGCCUAUCACGGAAUGCCGUUUUGAUGCUCAGAGGUCCUUAUCUUCCAGUCGAAAGACUGCACGGAAGAGCACACGUGGACAUCUCUGCAACGAAGAAUAUUGGGAGCUAAAGACUGUCCGCACUUUGGCCAGGACCCCAGCAAUGGAGGCGAGAAAUGGGAAUUGUCCCUCGUUGAUUCCCAUACCACCUGCUCCGGUGACCCCGAAGCAAGCACUUGUCUUGCCUGUCAGCGUGCCCAUCUGUGUUUCUGUGGAGGCUGGAGCUGGUACUAAUGAGGACCCAAAAGUGCAGCUGAAAGUCUCACAGGAAGAUAGUCAAGAAUUUGGUUAUUCAGAGAGCAAAGGGGAGCUGGUGGUUGAGCCGAGUCAGACCUGUCGAUCACAGGAGACUGAGGCACUUUUCCGGAUUGAAAACAGCCCACGAGGUGAUCCUGAGAGACCUGGGGAUCCUGAACGACCCAGGGAUCAGGCCCCUGUCUCUGAUUCCAAAAGCCAUUCUCUGGAAGUCAAGAACAUACCAGUCUUGACCUCACAAAUGAACAACUGCAUCACAACGCAUGCUGAUUACCAUGCUCUCUGUGACAGCUUGUCAGCUGAACUUGGUGCUUGUGAGAGCACUGAGCUUUCAAAGUUGCUGACAGAGUGCAGGAAGGCUGGUGGGAGCCCUUCUGAACUGGAACAGUUAGUAAAAGAAAGCGAUGCUCCUGAGGACAUACCUUCAACAGCAGGCUCUCCAAGCAAUUUGCAACCUGUUCCAAUCAAUCAGAACCAAAACCCUUCAGUGACAUCUUUAGAAAAGAUGAGCACCAGUUCAUUUUGUGAUAUUGGGGUUAAGAUCAUUCCUACUCAGGAGCAAUGCAGCACUCAGCACUUCAACAACAGUGAAAUAUUAAGCAUUAACAAGACUAUAACGAGCGAUAGUCUCAGCUGUCCGCUAUCAGGAGAUCAGCGUCCUGGAGAGGUAGUUGAAUCUCUUGGAGAUGUGAGUACGAUACGGGUAGAAAAAUCAUUAACUGAGAUCGAAGAGCCCAGCAUAUCAGAACAGGCACUUGGUGUUCAAGAUGAAGCAGUUGCAUAUUCUGUCCCUUCUUAUAUGGUUUCAUGUCCGCCAAUAGUGUCCGGGUGUCAGGAUGAGAGCAGUCACAUUGAUUCAGGAGAGUCUGUACUGGAGCUUAUGGAAGGACCUCAUCAGGGAACUGAUAAUAUGGGGUGCAAUAUAACAGUGAAUGGACCAGCUUUGGAGAAAACAAAAUUGGAAGACUCUAAUGAAACUGUGAUUGACCAAAAGAGGGAAAGAAGCAAUAGCACUGAAGGAACUCCUGAGUCUGAAAAGCAGACAAGCCGCCACAAGAAGGCACGAGGCCUGGCUGCACCAGAGAAGAAAAAGCACCGCAGGAAACUGGAGCUAACUUCUUCAGAUAGAUGUUUACGAAGUCAGCAGCCUAGGCAACAAGCUGUGACCUGUCCCAGUGACAUUAAAGAGCAACCACCAGUUUGUGGUGAUGGCUUAUUGGUACCCUGUCUUAAUGUAAAGCUCCUGAGAAGUCAAGGUGAGAGAGGAUACAAAAGGGAGGUGUGCGUCAACAAAGUAACAUCUGUUCAAUUUCCUACAGAGUGCUUCAACAAAAUCCUUCUGCAAAGCAUUGUUGACCCUGAGAGCAGAGUAUGUGAGUCUCCUACUACCACAUCUGAGCAAGACAUUGCCAAGACAAAAAAGGCGACUGUCAAGCAGCUCUCCAAAAACCUCCUUUUUAAAGAUUUUGAAAACUUUCAAGAUGAAGAAUUGGUAGAUGACAAUCUUAGCAAUGAAGGAGCACGCUAUGGAGAAGGUCAGGUUCUCGAGGUCUGUGUAGAUUCCCGAUCAUCGGAAGAACGGAAAGUUUCCUUUUCUGCUCACGUCAGAAAUGAUCAAGAUUCGGAAUCCUCUGAUGGUACGGUGGAUGAAAUGUCUCCUGCUAUCCAACAGCAGUCAAGUUCAGGGAAGGCAGAUACCUGGAAAGAGAACUCAAAAUGGGCAAGAGGAGGCAUGAUGAAAAGAUUGACGCAUGUGGGAUCACUGCAUCAAACAGCUAAAGGAACAACCCCCAAAACACCACCAGGCGAUAAGGUUCUUGCUGGGUCUCGUACCUUGAGAUGUUCAAGUAUGUCCAACGCAGAACCAGAAGCAAUUGCACUACAAGAGGACAGCAAAUGCUUAAAUAUGAAUCAACCUACUGAAUUUCACCAGGAGAAUGAAGAAUCUGAGCUGCUAGGUCUGAGCGACACUGAUGCUCCUGAACCGAGUCGGCCAAAGUUUUUGGACUGGUGCUCAGAGGACGAGAACCAGGAGUUGAUCACCACUUUGAAUGCCACGUAUGAGAACAUUCACAAGGCUUGGAUUCAGAUGGAGAAGGAAGUGCCAGUGAUGCAGAAAGCAAAAUGCAAGUCUGACCGGCUCAAGGAGAUCUGGAAAAGCAAGAAGAGGGCUCGCAAAGCAAGAGGACUGUAUGACCAUAAAAUAUCCCCUGUACAGAAACUCUUCAUGACCAACUUCAACCUCGCCAGCAUCUGUAAGUGGUUCAUGGAGACAACUGAGACCAGGUCUCUGAUCAUCGUUAAAAAUGUCAGUGCCCGGAAUCCGGUGGAGACCAUGAAAGCCAAAACCUUCCUUCAGAAGAACUCCAUGAUCGGUCUGUUCCCCAGUCCCCAAGCCGAGCGGCUAAAGAAACACCUGAAAAAGUUUGCCAUGGCGUCUCCUGCUCGGAACAAUUGGAAGACUCGAGCACUGCUGGACAAUGUGCAUAGGAGAGCUGCGACAGGGGCAGAUGGAGCAGGGCAGCAGCAGUGGAGCUUUUCCUUAGAUACUGGAGAAGGCCUGACUCCCAGGGACCUCUUUCUGGCCAAAGUGGAAAGUGAUCCUGUCGAGGAGGUUGUAUUUUCUGCCAACAACGCGGCAGCCCAGCCCACCAAGCAUUUGGGGUUGAAGAAGCCAGUCAGUGCAUGGAUUUUGCGGAAGUACUCCAACAUGAGAGGCAAGCUCCACAAAUUGCAGCAGGGGAAGGAGCACGCUGGGAGGAAGGUCUUAGCUAAGCACAAGAGCGUCUGUAUGAACCCCAUGGUCUCACCCAAGUUGACCUCGCAGGCCCAACUGGAGCCUCACGGAGCCCCUCUCCCCGUUGCCUCUCGGAAGCCUGAGGAGAGCAAAGGGAAAAGGAAGGCACUCAAGGGCACUCGCGUCGAGGAGCUCCGUGUGGGGCGAGUCAAGAGCAGCAAGUCCGAGGUAGGUCCUCCUGUCCCGCUGCCCAAAUCCAUGACCAAGCAGUUGCCUGCAAAUCGCAAGUCCAAAGCGGAGGUCAGCUCUGUAAAGGCUGCAGCUCCCAAAAGGGCUACUGCCAGUGGAAAGACCAAUAUUAUGACCCCAAAAAGCACCGAGAAGAGGCUGUCUGGUGCUAACCUGAAAAAUGUUCCGAGGGGCAAGGGCGCACCCCAAAGCAGAGAUGGGGCUAAAGGCAGAAAGACGAAAAGAAACAGCAGCAAAGACCGUCGGAUGAAACCCAACAAGAAAGCAACAGGAUCUUCAGUCAGGGCCAAGAGGAGCAUUAAGACUGAUGCCAAAAAGAGAAACAAGGUGGCCACCCCAGCGAGGCGUAAACGGAAGGGUGAAGUCAACUUGGAAGCUACGCACAAAAAGAAACGCAAGUUAAAUGAGAAGAGAGACCCUGUACCCAACAAACGCAAGCGGACUGAUGCAAAAUGACAUGCUUCCUGGAUGACCUACUGUAAAUUAUUGUGUCUUUAUACAACAGCAGUCAACAAAAGAGUGUUGACUGCAGAAAGCAUUAAUUGUCAAAGCUGCUUUUUAUAAUCUUGAAGCAAGCCUUUGAAAUCGCAGAGGAAAGAACUCGUUUGAUUUUUAAUUUUAUUUUUUUAAGCACGUGAGCAUAUAGCUUGUUGUAAAGAAAAUACAGGGAGCUUCCCCUAACUGUGAAUAGAGUUUUUAUAUGGUGCUAUGGAUGGUAUUGUUUUCUUUUUCCUGUUUGUUUUUUUUAUAUAUACACAUAUAUAUAUAAAUAUAUAUUAAAUAUUGCCCUGGCUUAGGACUGAAAUGAAAGCUGCAAGCGCAAUUUGAAAAGAACAGUGCCUUAUUUAAUGAUGAGAGGAAAAGAAACAAUUUUUUUUGCGUGUGUGUAACUGAGAUUAAAGGCUUGCAUUCACAAUGGAGACUUGCUCUAUACUUGUUGCACCUCCACUUUCUGUAAACAAAAAAAAGCCCUUGCAUAUAGAAUAACACAGCACAGAAAGAGGCUAUUUGGCCCAUUGUGUAUGUGCUGGCUGUUUGAAAGAGAUAUUCAGUUAGUCUCAUGCCCCCUGUUAUUCCCCCUGAAUGCAGCACAAAUUUCCUUUUUCAGGUAUUUAUUCAUUCCUAUUUUGAAAGUUACUGUUGAAUUUGUUUUUAUGCCUUUUCAGCCAACGUAUUCCAAAUCACAACAUCCCGAUGUAUAAACAAAACAAGUUCCUCACUGAUUCUUUUGCUAGUUUACCUUCAAUUUGUAUUCUCUGUUUUCAGACCUUCCUGGUAGGAAGUUUCUCUUUAUGCUCAGUCAACCAAACAUUUCAUUUUAAACACCAACUUACUUAGAUUUUCUAAUCCCUUUGUUUGUCUCUCCCUCCCUCCCGCUCUCUCUCGCUCUGUCUCCCUCUCUCCCUUAUCCACUCCCAUCCCCAAACCUGGGCUUUCGUCUGUUAAAUUAUUCAAGUGUGAUUAUGUGACUCUGCUUUCAUUGCUCUUCCCAGAUUCCAUUCCGCACGCUGAUUACUCAGAUUGCAGUCUGUGUUGUUCACUGAUGUCUUGAGUAAGAUUUCCUCGGUCACUGUCUUCCAAGGCUGGAAAGCAGAGAUUUCUGCAGUCUUCCUUCAUAGCUCAAGUAAAUUUAUAUGGCUGGUCCCACCCCACUUUCGCUUGUCCUUUGUGACUCAGUAGCCAACACUGAUGAUGAGGUGAGGACUCAGCAGCGUUCAAUUCAAGCCUGGCUGUUCUCCGUCUAUGCCGUGGUUUUUCAGGUGUAAUUUAUUUGACUAAGUGUGCUAUCGAGAUAACAAUAGUAAAAGCAGACAUUCUUGCAUGUCUCCCACUCUUUGCACAAUUCACAGAAUGAAGCAGUUUAUAGAGAGGCCACUUAGGCAACCAUGCCCAUUUGAAAGAAUGCCCAGUUAGUUUACCAAUUGCCCUCAAUCUAUGCUUUUUUCCAUUUUGAGUGCACAUACAAUUGCAUUUUAUAAGUUACUAUUAGAUUUGUUCCCGUUAUGCUUUUGUCUGUUUCUCACUGACCCACAUAUUUAGUGUACUUUAAAAAUUCUUUUUAUCUUUGAACUUCCAUGAUAGGAGGUAAAGGCCUAGUGGUAUUAUUGCUGAAGUAUUCAGCCAGAAAUCUGUUCCAGAGGCUGGGUUCCAGUAUCGCUGUGGUGUAUGGUGGAAUUUGAAUUCUAUUUUAAAAAUCUGGAGUUGAAAGCCUAAUGAUGACCAUGAAACCAUUGCUGGUUGUCGGGAAAAAAAACAAUCUUUUUCGCCAUUGUCCUUCAGGGAAGAUGACUGCCAUCUUUACAUGGUCUGGCGCACGUGUGACUCCACACCCGCAGCAACAUUGACUUUUAACUGCCCUCUGGGGAAAUUUUGAGAAUGGGCAGGCUUAGCAACAUUUGCACCCCAAGAAAGCAUCCUUUAAAAAUGCCAGCUAGCAGGACAUGGAAUGUGUCCUUAAUAAAGGCUGAAUGAAAAGUGAACUGGGUUUUAGCUUGCUGUCCAGGGGUAGGUCAGAUCAGAGAUGAGCAAAUCCAGCAUUAUUGUAACAAGAUCAAGAGUAAAGAAUUGGAAUGGCUGGUAAUGCUCAUAUGGUUCAAUCAAGAGUUCAGUUUCUUGGGCUACUUGAGAUGCGUUAAAAGAAAACAUUUUAAUCAGUCUGUAGAGGGAUGUUACUUCACAUGAUGGGACUUGAACCCAGGCCUCCUGGCUCAGAGGGAGGGUCACUACCACUGUGCCACAAGAGCUCUACUUAUUCUAACCUGUGACUGAAUAUCCCAAUUUUUUUGCGAGCAGAUUUUGCUGAUUUAGUCAAACUCAGCCUUUUGGGAAGGUGAAGGUGUUGCAGGGAGGUGUCUUAAUUCUCUCGGAAUUAUUCAAACAAAGAAUCUGACCUACAACGUGAACCUGUCUUUACUUUCCUAAAAGAGUUGCACAGCAGCUCGAGGUGAAGAACCUAGAAGGUGACAGACUGGAAAAAUAACAAUUGCAUUUUAUAAGUUCCUAUUAGAUUUGCUCCCGUUAUGCUUUUGUCUGUUUCUCACUGACCUUCAUGUUUAGUGUACUUUAAAAAUUCUUUUUAUCUUUGAAUUUCCAUGAUAGGAGGUAAAGGCCUAGUGGUAUUAUUGCUGAAGUAUUCAUCCAGAAAUCUGUUCCAGGGGCUGGGUUCCAAUCUCCCUGUGGAAGUGAAAGCUUUUUCCAAGAGCCAGUGCAGACACAACAGACCCAAUGGCCUUCUGUGCCCUGUUUCCCUCAUUCUUUAGGUUCUGUGUUUUUCCAGUCUUUUCUGAUUUUGGUUUAGUGGGUGAUGGAACAUUGCACCAUAAUCCAAUAUGGCUGAUAAGAGCAAUAACUGCAGCGUUGCUAGAAGAAAAUGGAAAUGGAGUUUUUAACCAGUGUAGAAUCACAUCAGAAUGUGAUGGCAUUGGGCCCAGUUGGUCAUGCUGAUAUUUACUCUCCACACUAGAUACCACAGAUCCUUUCUCAUCUAUUUCUGUCAGCAACCUCUAUAUAUUUCUCCCUAACAUGAUCAACUAAGGUUGAAAUGCAUCAGUGUUAUGAGCCUCAAUCUCUCCCCAAACUCAAAGUCCACAUUCUCAAUAGUCUCUGGGUCAAGGUUUUUCUUCUGAAUUCCUGAUUGAUUUUUUUUUGAGUGUCUAUUUUAUAUUAAUAACCUCCCUGGUUUUGCAUCUCCCAGAGUGGAAUUUCUGCAUUAAACUCCUGUUUUAAGAAGGGAUUAAUUUGGAGGAGCACCUGAAUUGUGUAAUUUGAUCCAUUCCCUUUGCCCUUAAGAGAUUCUUGCCUGGAUUUCUAAUAAGUUUUUUUUGUGUUCUCAGGCACCAUUGAUUCCAAUAUUAAGCAAUAAAAGUUUAUACCACUUAAAUGAUGAGCAAUUGGCUAGUACACAGUGCCUUGCUGUUCAUCCUCGUUUCUAUGCAAGCGUUUUUUUUAAGAAAUAAUUGUUAUAAUAUUGAGUAUUGAUACCUGGUGGUAGUUUAGUUGAACUGUGGCAGCAGUGGUAAUCCAAGAUCAUGCAGCUAAGACUGCUCCGUUACCAGAAUUAAACCAACCUUGAGUCAUGGAGGUAGCCUUGUAAGGUUGGUAAUGCAGUGGAUACUUACUAUUUAGACAAACAUGGCAGCUUUUUUUUGCACACUGUGAAAUCCUGUAGCUUUAAAACAAUAUUUCACAAUUGUGUGAACACUCCCUGCAUUUCAGAUUUAGUUAUUUGGUGUGAUGCUCAUUGAAAUUUGCAGUGAGCAUGAUUAUUCCUGUUCUGAUUCAUUUCAAGUAUGGCGGAAGGUGGCAUGUCAAGAUACAUUUUUGGUGGAGAGGUUAGAUAUGGUUGUAAUAUAAGAUGGAUUUUCACCUCAACCAACUUUCCUUUUCCAUCAUUCAUAUGAAAACCUAGGUCUUUUUGUCUUGUUUGUGCAAGACCCCUAUUCUCAUUGAUAAAUAUACUUUAGUUUCUAGUCUGACAAUACCUUGGUUUUAAAAUUCUUGCACCUGUUUCAAAAAAUAUCCUUUAGCUUUGCACCUUCCAUUCUCUGUAACUCCUCCUGCCUGUAACCCUCCCAAGAAUGCUCUUCUCCAAUUUUUUUGGUCUCUUUGUUUCAUCAUCUCAAAACUGUACUUUCAGUUGCGUGGGUCUUAAACCCUGGAUUCCCCUUACUAAACAUCUUUGCCUCUCUAAAAAUCUUUGCCUUUUUUUUAAAAAAAAGUUGCUCCUUUGCACCUACCACUUUGUAAUUUUUGGUUACUCAUCCCAAUAUCCCCUUCUGUCAACUUUUAUUUGACACUCCUGUGAAGUAUUUUGGAAUGUUUCAUCACGUCUGAAGGUAUUGUAUAUGAACACACAACUGUUGUCUCUUGCUUGCACCAGCAUGGAGGAGAGAAAAUAGUGUCUCCAUGAGAUUUCUAGCUGUACUGCUUUGCAAGCCUUUCUGGUGGACAUGAGAAGACAGCAUUGUUGGAACAAAGCUCAUGGGAUGUGUGGGCAUGCCAGGGUGAGGCAGAUGUGCUGCUCUUGUCCCAAGCUUCCAUGCUGUGUAGACCCAUUUGACUUCUAUUCCACAUUUUCCCAUCUGUAGCUUUUUCAAAAAACAAAGAAAGUUGAAAUGCUGAACUAUUUCAUUACUAUUCCAGUAAUUGUACAUGAAAGAAUCUGCCAGAAAAGAAUACAGCGCAGGUGAUCAACUGGGCAGGACCCUUUGAAAUAAAAUAUCUCAGGUUGGCAAUUCAUUGUGGUGAUGCAGAAUAGGGCUCCUACAUAUCCCAGGCAAAAGUGAGGAUUGCAGAUACUGGAAGCCAGAGUUUAGAUCAGAGUGGUGCUGGAAAUGCACAGCAGGUCAGCAGCAUCCGAGGAGCAGGAAAAUCGACAUUUCGGGCAAAGGUCCUUCAUCAGGAAUACCUCCCGUAGUCCCUUUUAUGUUGAAUAUUGAGAUGAGGAAUGAAGUGUGCACGAAACCCAGGAUUGCUCUUUUUUUGAGACAAGUGCAUUAAGAUCCAUUUUUGUUCAUUAGCCAAGGCACCACUAUAAAAACACAUGCACAUACACUUCUGUUUCACCCCAACCCUCCCACAUUAAUGUUGCCUUCCAGUGUCCAAGAAGCAGAGAAAAAUAUAGUUUAUUGUCCUUAUUUGAACAGGCUUCUUUCUAAAAGAUUGAACAUAUAGAACAUGGCCUCCACAAUCCUACAAGCCAUUAGUUAUUUGUUCUCCAAACCAUACCUGCUAACAGUAAAGAACUAUAUCUAGCAAGCACUUUAGUACAGAUGAGUGGCAGGCAGAAUUUGGAAAACAAAUGAAGAGAACUGCUAAAGAAGAUUAGCUUCUCAGAUAGCAAUAAAGCCAAUCUUCAGCUAAUCACCUUUUCUCGCUUUUUUCAUCUUGUGCUGGUUCCCUGCAAGUCAGGUGGCCUAAUACAACCACAGCAUUGUCCUUUGUAAUAGGUUACUACCAUGGUAUUACCCUGAAUGGCAGUCUUGUAAUAGGUUACUGGCCUACUAAGAUCCCAGGUAGACUUUAAUUAAAUUUAUCUGUCUGGUAAGUAGUAUUUGGUUCUCCGUCAAUCUUCUCAUUGUGGAAUCACUCCUGUAAAUCUGGUCUGUUCUGUACCUCACAAAAAGGCAACAAAUACCUAGCAGAGAAGGAGAGAUUAAUGCUUGGUGUUAAAAUAAGCAGCUCGUCAGCAUAAUUGUAAACUGUUCUUAAAUUAUUAAAAUGUUGGCCUGCUCCAUUUGAGAAUUGCGAGUGUGUUCAGGCAAAAAUAUUGCAUUGUGAAAUACACAUGCUGGUGUGUUUCAAAAUUCAUGAAAAGCGCGUAUAAUAAUUUUUGAAAUAUGUGAAAGCAAUGGAACUUGUGCACACAUAAAUUUGUUCUUAAUGAAUCAACAGCUCAUACAGUGUCCUAGGUACAGGACACUAUACCUGUGCCAUGCCCAUCUACCUGAACUGCUGAGUCAUUCCUGGACUGAGUUCUGCUAUGACUAUUUGUUUAGCAUUUGGGUUGGGAUUAGCAUGAUGAGUUGCAUGGUCAUUAUCUUGGGAUGAUAAUGGCAUUCAGCCAUAUCAUUUUCCAAUGCACAGCUUUACUGGCAUGUUGGUAAAUUUAGCAGUUGGUGUUUUUUGUUUACCAUGUUGGGUGGUGGAGAGAAUGUGAUGUUGAGAGUCGGUUUAUGAAUGAGUCGGUGAGUAACUUAACGGGGUUAGCAUGCAAUCAGUGGAAAUUAAAAUUGAAAGGCUAACUGCAGGCAAGGACUUUCUAAAAUCUCUCACAACGUUUAGGAAAGUUUUUUGUUUUGUUUCUGAUGGUUACUAAAUACGGUCACUUGUAUGUGUUAAUCAGCCGGUUCUAAGCAGUGGCUCUUCCUUGGGCAAUCAACAGCUUCUUGCAAAAUAAAAACAAUACGUUGGAAUGUGUUCUUCCAUUUGCAACUUGAUCUUGUUCUAAUCUGAUUUGGGGUAAGAAUAUCGAGGGAUAUGAAACCAGAUCAGGUAUAUGAAGUUCAGGUACAGCCAGUGGAACAGACACUGAGAGGUUGAAUGACCCAUCCUGAUCCUAACCAUACAUCAGGUAAAAUCCAUGGAAAGCAAGGGAGUAUGCGUCAUGCGUCAGCUGCCUGGACUCGCUGUGAACAGUUCUGGGCAGCGUACCUUAGGUAGGACAUAUUGGCUUUGGAGAAAGAAUCACAGAAUCCCUACGGUAUGGAAGCAGGCCAUUUAGUCCAUUAGUUCUGAUGAAGGGCUCUGGCCCGAAACGUCGAAUUUCCUGUACCUUGGAUGCUGCCUGACCUGCUGUGCUUUAACCAGCAACACACUUUCAGCAUUUAGUCCAUUAAAUACACAUCGACCCUCCGAAGAGCAUACCACCCACACCCAUCCUAACCUGUAACCUUGCAUUUUCCAUGUCUAGUACACCUAGUUUGUACAUCCCUGGACACAUUGGCAAUUCAGCAUGGCCAGUCCACCUAACCUGCAGAUUUUUAGACUAUGGGAGAAAACUGGAGCACCUGGAAGAAACCUUCACAGAUGGGGGGAGAAUGCAAACUCCACACAGACAGUCGCCUGAGGCUGGAAUCAAGCCUGGGUCCUUGGUGCUGUGAGGCAGCAGUGCUAACCACUGAGCUGAGAGAUUACACAAAUCAGGGUUGUAUGCCCCAGAAUUGAGAAGGUUAAAGGAUGAUUUGAUUUGAUGUUUUAAGUGUUUUAACAUUAGAUACAGUGGAAGUAUUUCUGCUGAAUAGGGAGUCUCGGUUUAGGGGAUAUAGUCUAAAUGUUCAAGCCAGACCAUCCAAAAGCAAAAUUAGCGAGAACCUGUUCACACUGUAGGUGGUAGGAGUUUGCAGCUUUUCAACAAGUGGUAGUUGAUCCUGGGUCAAUUGUCAUUUCUCAGUGAGAGUGAGAAGUAACCAAAGACACUAAGGGUUAGAGGCAAGGACCUUACAUAGAUUUGGGUUACAGAUCAGUAGCAAUGAAUGACAGAACAGGCACCUAUGCUCCCAAGGCCAAAGACUAUGCGGUAAGGAUUCCUGAUUUUCUAACAUUCACAGAAAACAUCAGAAGUGAAAAUUUUGGAAAGAUGUGCAAUAGAACAAAAUUUUGCUGAUUCAGUUCUGUAAAUAGUGUGUCCCCGGGAGUGAAAGAGUGAGGCCCUUUUGUUGAUCGUAGAUAAGUUUUAGAAAGAACUGAAGAUUGUAAUUCUUAAAAUACUGAGGUAUUUAAAACAAAGCAUUUGACUUUUUCAAGAUGGAAAAAUGGUCCAGUCAUGGAAAUAAAUAAAAAGGGAUUUAUACUGUCUGGACAUAAAGCAACUGGUGUUUCCAAGGCAUCUUAAUACAUGUUAAUUAUUUUUAAUAAUGUGGCUUCUCUUUAAUCAUUGGCUUUCUGUGAUUUGAAAAAUGUCCAUUAAUGAAAGUGACUCUGGUAGAAUAGGCAGCAGUUUUGUUUGUGUAGAUAUACAAUGUUAGAAGCAUUUGAUUGGGCGAUGCCUGUUUAAAAACUGUCUUUCAAUAUUCAUUUUGAAGAAAUCUGAGCAUUUUCUCACAGGUUUUUAAAAUAAGCUUUUCUUCCAAUUCAAAGCAAGUUGUUUGUGGUACUGUAAAUAUUAUUUAUGGUAAAUGAGUUAGGUCUUAUGUUAAAAAUCUGCAGAAAUUUCAAUUACACGGGGGAGUUCCUUCCACAAGGAGGAUGCUUAAAGAGGAAGUUCUCAGCCCACUGUAUUGGGUAAGGGUUUGCUGGAGUGUGAGGUGCAAGGAGGAAACGUAACUUAUCCUUCAUUAGGAACUUGUGGCAGGUACAAAAGAACAUCAAGACAAUUGGGGUAACAACAAUGUGGUGUUCACUGGGCCCUUCCCUGUGCUAUGUGUGGUCCGUUCACUGUUAGAACCCUUCCAUCUCGUGUCUGACAGUUAUUAGAGUUUCAGUAUUUGUAAUAAAAUCCCCACAAUACAUUCUGUGUGAUGCAUGGUUCAUACCUCACAGUUAGAAUUUAAAGAAAAAUAAUUAAAGCUUUAUUUAUAAAAUAUGUGGAUUAUAUUGUGUUACAAUGAUGUGUGACUGUAACUCACUGUUUGCUUUAGUAAAUUGGGUGUUCUUUAUUUACUGUGUUCCUACUUCCUCCUCCCCUCCUUAUCUACAUCUUCUCUUCAACCUCUUCCUCUCAUUCCCUUUCCGACGCUGACUCCAUUUUGUGUCCCCUCCUUUUGUUUUCCUUUGCCCUCUCACAAUCUGCCCUAUAUUUCUCUCUGCCUUUUUUCCCUCUCUGGUCUCCCUCUUCCCUCCCCUUCCUUGCCAUCUCUCCUAUUCCUUGCCUUCCACUUUUCCCUGACCUCCCUCUUCCUUUCCCUUAUCAUCCCUCUUCCUCCUCUCCCCCUCCCUCCCUUUUCCCUCCCCAUUCUGCUAUUCUCCCACUCCCGCUCCCUCUUCCCUAUUUCUCUCUGUCUUUCUCCACACUCCCACUCCUCCUUCUCCCUCACCCUUCUCUUCCUCCCCCUUCUUUUUCCCACUCCUGCUCCUCCACCUCCUUGCUUCUCCCUCCCCUUCCUUCUCCCACUUAUCCUUCCUCUCCCUCUCUUCCCUGACUGUAUCCACCUCCUCCUACCCCAACCCUUUUCUUCUCUGUCGCUCUCUCUCUGUCUUCGAAUAUUGGAAUUGUAUGCAACCUGUUUACUUCAGUUGUAGCCUCCCUAAUCAAGUCUAGAUCGGCUGUUGCUGAUCACUGGGGGAAAUCAAUGCUAACUUGAUGUCUUAAGCCAAGUCUCGGAUUCUUAAUUCUCCAAUUUCUCCCAGAGUUGAAUUAGUAUUUUUGAUUUUUUUUUCAUUCCUAUUUGUGUUUUUCAAUCAUUCUAGCAUCAAUCAUGCUGUGUUUGAUCUGCCCAUUCCUAAUGUGUAUAUUUUAUUAAAUCUUAUUAAAGCAUAACUUGAUUA